CCAUUCAACCCUCCCACUAAUUAUUUAUGCUGACAUGUCUUUAAAAUCGAAUCCUUGUGUCUUUUGAGGAGGGCUCCUCCUGAUUCGCGAUAAUACCCCCCCCACACACACACACACAGGUGAAAGCAGACAGGGACCAGUCUAACUGGUAAAUUCACUUGACUUCCUCAUUGGUGCCGUCCGAUAAUGAAGAGUGAGGCCGGUCACGGAGCUUCACCCCACGGCCUGACAACAACUGAAAGAGAAAGUAAAAGUCUGUCGGGGAAGUAACUCCAUUAUCCUGCAUUUGGCUCAGAGGCAGCACGGGCAUGCUGUUUCUUCUUAACUAACAAUUAAAAAGUAAAUAGCCAUCCAUUAUUCUGGUAGAUAUAAAGAUACGUUCAGCGCAGUGAAGUUCAUCUGAGGUCACGAGAGGGGAAAAAAAAAAAAAAAAAAAAUGUCCCGAGGUUCCAACGCAGGUUUCGACCGACACAUCACCAUUUUUUCACCGGAGGGUCGCCUCUACCAAGUCGAGUAUGCCUUCAAAGCAGUCUCCCAGAGCGGGUUGACGUCUGUGGGGAUCCGGGGGACAGACACCGUUGUGGUGGUUACACAAAAGAAAGUGCCUGACAAACUGCUGGACUCUUCCACCUUGACCAACAUGUUCAAAAUAACCCCUCGCAUCGGCUGUGUGAUGACUGGACACAAUGCGGACAGUCGUUCUCAGGUUCACCGGGCGCGGGUGGAAGCAGGAGAAUGGAAAUAUAAGUUUGGUUAUGACAUCAACGCAGACGUGUUGUGUCGCAGAUUGGCUGAUAUCUCCCAGGUCUACACACAGAAUGCUGAAAUGAGACCUCUAGGCUGCUGUAUGAUCAUGGUGGCUAUCGACCCCCAGUUGGGACCUGUCCUGUAUAAAUGUGACCCGGCAGGUUACUACUGCGGCUUCAGAGCCACAGCAGUCGGGGCCAAGCAGACAGAGGCCAACAGUUACCUGGAGAAGAAACUUAAGAAAAAGCCUGCACUAACCCACGACAGGACAGUACAGAUGGCUAUAUCCUGUCUAUCCUCUGUCCUGUCCGUGGACUUCAAGGCCAGUGAGCUGGAAAUCGGCAUGGUGACCAAAGAAAAACCUAUGUUCAGGAUGCUGUCGGAGGAAGAGAUAGAAGCCCACCUGGUUGCCAUAGCAGAACGGGAGUAAAAGUGCCUUCGCAAGCAUCAGACCCUUGUUCAUCAUACUAUUUCAUUUUCAGUGUGCUUGAUUAUUUAACAACACUGUUAGCAACAGCCUGAAGUACACAGGUACACUGUGUGCCAAGAGAGGUUAACCAUGCACAACUGAAGAAGAAACUGAUUUAAGUUUGAUUCAUAGUGAUUUACCAGACAUUUCCAGUAUUUUUCAAAAUUCAAUACAAUGUACAAGCGUGAUGUUCAAUUCUCUGGUGCAUUAAACCAUCUGCAGAGUAUGACACCCUUUGCUUUUGCUAGGAUGUGCACAGAAUAUUUGUCAUACAGCUUAAUUUAAUACUGUAUGUUUAUAACAAUACUGUUGUAAAAAUUGCAAUAAAAAUGUCCAUCUGAGUUACUGUCAACCCCUUUAAAACACCUGUCAUAAUAAAAUUGAAUAGAAAAGAA